UGAAGGAUGUCACAGUCGUCAAGGAUCUAAGAAGAGUGAACAACCAUCAAGUCGUCAAGGAUCUAAGAAAGUGCACAAAGCCAAAGGAAGACAAGAUAUACUGCAAAUGUCUCGCAGAAGCCAGAUACAUUAGAAGUGGAUGGGAAUGAGGGCCAUCAUAGUCGCCAAGGCUCUCAGAGGUCAGAACACGAGGGCUACCAACGUAGUGACCAGAAGUGGAAGUGCCAUCGCUGUGCAGACGUGACAAAUUCAACCCACUGGAUGAGGGCAAAGCCCUCUGUAUCAACAGAAGAGGGGGUUCCAUUGUUUGUGCAGACCUGUGGUUCAGGACAGUUUGAGUGUACGCAAACUGGUAUACGCUGGACCUGUUGUACAGACGUGAAGAUACAGUAUCGUGUUGUGGAUUGGGAAGUACUUGAUGGGGAGAUGGAGUCAUAUGAACCUGCCGGUCCUUUGCUGAACAUCACACUUCUAGAGGGUGAACUGGAAGAGAUCCACCUGCCACAUUGUCUCUGUUUGGGAGGAGUUGAAGCACCACUGCAUGAUUCUGUGAAGGUUCUACAUUGGCGGGAGAGCGGAGUGUCCUUGGAAAAAUGUGAUUUAACCCGAUUCCACUGCAGAGUCUCUAAACCCACGUUUUCUAAUCUCGGGCUCAUCAUCAAGAAGUUUCAAGACUUUCUGUCACUCUCUGUGCACGGUACAUUGGUGCACUACUGUGCUGGAAAUUCACCCCUUAUUCUCCACACUUAUCUUAUGCCUGAGGAGCCCAGUCUACUGCAGUGUGUGAAGGAGAACAAUGCCAACUAUUGUCCGAUCCCUCUACCCAGACCUGAAGAGCCUUUAAGGUUGGGGACCUUCUACCAACUCAAAACUUCCUGUGUUUCCGACAUCACUCCAACAGAGAUCCAAUUCAGGUAUCCAAGAAUUGUCCCAAACUUCUUUAAAGUGCGUAUUGAAGAUCCCAAGGACAAAUUUAAAAUGGAGUUGAUUGGUGUUGAUGGCCAUAAAUGUAAGUGGACCGGCGAAUUUCAUAAGGAUGAAUUCAACAAGGCCACAGUAAAGAGGCAGGUAGUGAUUCUGGAGCACAGCCCAGCAGUGAUUGAAAAUGAGGCCCAGUUUAUUGAUGAUCACAGAGCUGCACUUAUUGAAAGUGUGACAUGUGUACCUCCCAUAGCAGAAGAGAUGCUCUCACAAGGUUUGAUCCAUAAAGAAAAAUAUUCAAACAUCAUGGCUGCAAACACCAGUGAGGAAAGAAUGAGGGAGAUCUACAAAUGCCUGCAGUCUUGCGGAACCAAAGGGAAGGCCCAAUUUUACCACAUCCUUCUACUAAAAGAGCCCCAUGUGGUGAAGCAUCUGAAUACUUCACACCACUGAUCAUAGGAAGGGUGUCCUGCAACUGUUUUUGAGAACCUGAUGUUAUUUGACGCCAUUGGAUAAAUCAUAUUGCUUUGUUGUGGACACGGACACCCGGAAAUAUCUAUAUCACAAAACUUACAAAUGCACUCUGUCUAAUAAAACAAUGUCUUUUUUCUCUCUUUUUUUGUUGUGCAAUCAUAGCAGUCUCGUGAAAUAGUCAUCUGGAAUUCUGUUUGAUUUAAAUUGACUGAAAGAAAGGCGGUCAACAAUUGCUCAACAACAUACAGUAUAUCCUACUGGACUGAUGGAAAGCCAUUCCAACUCUAGUGGUUGAGAAAAUGGCAAGAGUGAAAGAAAGUUGUAUAUCUCAGCAAAUGUU